AUGGGUUCGCUGCCCGAUCCAGGCGAGUUGACUCAUCCUCCUCCCCCGCCGCCGAGUUUCGACGACUUCCAGCGCCAGACCUCGCUGAUGACAACCUGCACGCUUCUCUGGAAAGAGCUCUCCGACCACUUCACCACCCUCGAGCAGGACCUAAUCAAGAAAUCCGACGCCCUCAAGGCCAAGUUCCAGGCCCUCAACAACGAGACCCAGCAGUCUCUGCAGGCCCUCGACUCCCGCGAGUCCUCCAUUUCCAAAUCCAUGUCUAUCGCCUUCGAGGCGCUCGAGAAGUCGACCAAGGCAUCCUUCGCCGUCGCUUCCCGGGACGCCACCGGGGAGCCGGAGGUUGACGACUCGGAGGGCCUGCUGAUGAAACUGAAGAGCUUCUGCCACCGGAUGGCGGCGCGCGAGUUCUGGAUCUUCGUGACCUCACGGAAAAAGGAGAUCGAGUCGUUCAGAUCGGAGCUGCCGAAGGCCCUGGCCGACUGCGUGGAUCCCCCGAGGUUCGUUCUCGAGGCCAUCUCGGAGGUUUUUCCGGUGGCAGCGAGCAACAGCGGCUGCGAUUUGGGAUGGGCGUGCGUGCUGCUGCUGGAAUCCCUGAUUCCGGCGAUGGUAGAUCCGGUGCUGGGGAAAGAGAGGAUGCUGGUGACGCCGAGCAUCAAAGGGAAGGCGGAGGAGAUAGCUGAGACGUGGAAGAGGAGCCUGGACGAGAGGGGUGGGAUCGAGAAUGUCAAGACGCCCGAUGUGCAUACUUUUCUACAGCAUCUGGUGACCUUUGGGAUAGUGAAGGAGGAAGAUGUGGACUUGUACAGAAAGCUCGUGGUGGCCUCUGCCUGGAGGAAGCAAAUGCCCAAGCUCGCUGUUUCUCUUGGCCUUAGGGAUAAGAUGCCCGGAACUUCAGUUAAAGUUAUUGAUUAUUUCAGUACAGUGGCUCGGUUUAACUGUGAGGGACACAGUGCAAGUACAGCGAAGAUACUAGUUACUUCUGCCUACUAUCUGCACUCAUGUGUAGGAGACUGA